CCGGGCUACAAGACCGUGAUGACGAAAGACGCUCUCUCUUUGCCCCAUCUACUGCGAGAAUGAAGACCAUUCUCAGCAAUCAGACUGUCGACAUUCCAGAGAAUGUCGACAUCACUCUGAAGGGACGCACGGUGAUCGUGAAGGGCCCCCGCGGAACCCUGCGGAGGGAUUUCAACCACAUCAACGUAGAACUCAGUCUCCUUGGGAAAAAAAAGAAGAGGCUCCGGGUUGACAAAUGGUGGGGAAACAGAAAGGAACUGGCCACCGUUCGCACUAUCUGUAGUCAUGUACAGAACAUGAUCAAGGGUGUUACACUGGGCUUCCGCUACAAGAUGAGGUCUGUGUACGCUCACUUCCCCAUCAACGUUGUUAUUCAGGAGAAUGGGUCUCUAGUUGAAAUCCGAAACUUCUUGGGUGAGAAAUACAUCCGAAGAGUUCGGAUGAGAACAGGUGUUGCUUGUUCUGUAUCUCAAGCCCAGAAAGAUGAAUUAAUCCUUGAAGGAAAUGAUAUUGAACUUGUCUCAAAUUCAGCUGCUUUGAUUCAGCAAGCAACAACAGUUAAAAACAAGGAUAUCAGAAAAUUUUUGGAUGGUAUCUAUGUUUCUGAAAAAGGAACAGUUCAACAGGCUGAUGAAUAAGAUCUAAGUUAACUCAUCUUCAGAAACACCAUCCAGGAUCCUGACAACCAGUUUGUGAUACUUCAGUGAUGCAAUAAAAGAAUUCUAUUGACUUGA